AUGGACAGGCCCAAUUACGCAAGAUAUCUAGAAUCCGUCUACCAAAAUACUCGCUGGGAAGCAGCACGCACGCCCCACGGUUCCAUCAACGCUACACUGCGCGCCAGAAAAACAUCAGGCGAAGCCGGACCACAAUCCGUAAUCCUGAAGCAUGCGAGCCCAUUCUUCGAAGAUGACGGCAAUCUGCAGCCUUUUUCAUUACACCGUCAAAAGGUAGAGCAGGUCAUGAUGACUCUCUGGAACGAGGGCGGCCUGCUCGCCGAGCACGCCGCCAGCCCAGAAUCGUGGCGUGUACCGAAAUGCAUACGCCACGACGAGGGGACAGAAGCAGACUUGCUGAUGACAGACAAGCGCGACGAGGCAUCUAUUCUCCUGCUAGAAGAUCUUGGCCAAGUAGUCAAUCUCCGGGAGCGCAUUGAACUCUGGGCAGAGGACGGCCCGUCGCCAGACACAAAGAACAAGGUGGCACGCAUUGGAAACAUACUGGGAGAUUCGCUUGCCGUCAUGCACAGCCGACAAACUUCUCUGGCGAUUGAAUCCGACCCCAAAGCGGCAGAGGUGCUCUCCCAAUCGUCGACCGACGACGUCGUGUGGUAUCUCGCCAUGGAGAUUUUCCCGACGUAUUUGGGAAACACCCCCAAGGCAGACGUAUAUUACCGGCGACUGGUUAGGGACAUCAAGAACCCGCUGUAUAUAUACCCCCCGUGUCUCGUACACGGCGACUUUAACUUUGGGAACAUUAUGCUGCCGCUGCGCGAAGACGACAGCCCCCGACCGGUUGUUAUCGACUGGGAGUUUGCCACGCGAGACGGCAGGGGCGUCAAUGGGGAUGUAUCCGAGUUUCUGUCCAUUCUGCACUGUCGCCUGGUGAGCGCGCGCCGGCGGCCAGGGCAAUCGACGCUGACCGAGUUGGUGAGAGGGCUGUGCGGGGGCUUUUGCGAGGGGUACCGUCAAAGGGCGGGGCUGAAGUGCACGAUGGAAGCGGAGGAUGUGAAUUCGCAGCUUUACCGGUCGGCCUUGCUGCUGAGUGGGCGCGACAUGAUCAACUACGCGCAGGAUGCCUGUGCGGAGGACGAGGCGUUUGAUGAGAUGAUGGGGGUUGGGCUGUGGUAUUUGGAGCGGGCGGGGGAGGACAUGGGGGAGUUUUUGGAGGGAUCGAAUUCUGAGGAGCUUGGCCGGGAGGACGAGGGGCUGGUUCGAUCGCUGUUUAUGUUUGGCUAG